GGCAGUUGGAAGUGGCGGCGGGCGGGUCGUGCUUUCGUGUGCGAUGGCGGAGCCGGGCGCCUACCGCUGCGUGGAGUGCAGUAGGGAAGCGGCAGAGCUCUACCGCGACUACCGGCACGGUGUGCUCCGCAUCGCCGUCUGUAAAUCGUGCCAGAAACCUGUGGAUAAAUACAUUGAGUAUGAUCCCGUUAUCAUCUUGAUUAAUGCUAUUUUAUGUAAAGCACAAGCAUACAGACACAUUCUUUUCAAUACAAAGAUAAAUUUUCAUGGAAAGCUCUGCAUAUUUUGUUUACUCUGUGAAGCUUAUCUCAGGUGGCUGCAACUCCAGGAUUCUAGCCAAAGUAUAGACCCUGAUGACUUAAUCAGAUAUGCUAAGGAAUGGGAUUUUUAUAGGAUGUUUGGUAUAGCUUCUUUAGAACAAACUUCAUUUUUGGUUGGCAUCUUUAUUGCCUUGUGGUGGAGGAGACCCAAGAUGCUAAAAACAAAGUCUGACUUCAUUUUACUUCUCAAGGCUCUGCUGUUGUCCAGCUAUGGAAAGCUUUUGCUAAUUCCAGCUGUUAUUUGGGAACAUGACUACACGCCUUUGUGCCUUGUGUUUAUAAAAGUAUUUGUCUUGAUAUCAAACUCUCAGGCAAUUAGAGUUACGUUGAACUUGAACCGAAUGUUUCCUUGGUUGGCUAUUUUCUUUGGAUUAAUUUUGGAAAAUGGUGUGGUCUGUUUGGUCCAGAAAAUGGGAUGGGACGUUUGAAAUGUCAGCUCAGGCCUAAAGAAAUAUAAACAGGGUGAUGAUCAUUUUCAAAUGAAGAGGGUCAUAGAAUAUCCUGAGUUGGAAGGGGCCCACAGUCCAAUUCCUGGCUCCACACAGCACUAUCCAAAAUUCAAACCUUAUGUCUGAGAGCAUUGUCCAAAUGCUUGAAUUCUGGCAGUCUGGGGCCACGACCACUGCCCUGGGGAGACUCUUCCAGUGCUCGACUUACCCUCUGCCGAAGAACCAUUUCUUAACACCCAACCUGACCUUCUGCUCAUGCAGUUCCAUGCUGCUCCCUCAGGUCCUGUUGCUGUCCCCAGGGAGAAGAGAUCAGCACCUGCACCUCUGCUCCUCUUGUCUAAGCAAGAUCUCUGCCAGCAGGACCUGAAGACACUGUUUUUAUAGUGAUAAUGAAGAUGAUCAGUAAUAAAAAUUUUAGUAGACAGUUUGAGGAUGAGUUAAACUGAGAAGCACUUGGAAGUUUGGCUGUUUAAUGUGAUGAGCAAUGAAACUUCAGCCUUAGCUUAUUUUUCUAUUAAAAAUAUGAACAUUUCACUAUCCUAAGAGCUUUAUAAAUCUGGCUAUAUAACUGACUGAAACAAAAGAGGUAUGCUAAAAAAAUUUGAGCGCUGUUAGCAAUCACUGCAUUUUGGCAGAAAGAGAGGGAUGAAUGGUUCCCUUAGGAGGAAAGAAAAGAAUCAGUGGAAAAAUGUAAAAGCCAAAAUUGAUAUUUCUGCAAAAACAGAUUUCAGAGAGAAAUGAACAUGUGCAAACAGAUUUUCUUAAUAGAAAAGGCAAAUAUUGCAGAUUGAAACUAGGGUGGAAGAACUAAGUUCCAUUCUAUGGAUUGUUUAUAUAAACAUUCCAGAAUAAUAAAAUACCUACUUCUAGAGUAAUCUCUAGGAAGUACAGUUUUAACUGGCUUUGAAUUGUAUGUGAUUUCAUAAAAAGUGAAAUGUAAGGCUACUCAGCAAUGUUCUUUUAUGUAGUUAUGUAGUAGUAUUUUUUUGAAAAAAGAGACAAGAUUUGGAAGGUAUUAAUAAGGAAACACUCAUGAAAGUUCUGCACCUUUUUCCUUCACAGGCAAGGAGAGGGAUAGAUGGCCCACGAAGGAGCUGACAGAAUUGAUUUUCUCAAGGCAGUAGUUAGGACACUGACCUAAUUUUCUGCAGACCAGUUUCCAUUGUGUUUCGUCCAGUGUUUAAUUUUCCCGCUUCAGUUCUGGAAGGCUGUACUACAGGUACUAUUUAGCUUCUUCAUUUUUCUCAGGUACAGUCUCCUAUCUAUGUUUUGCAAAAUGCAUUAGUUAAAAUUUUGCAACAUUUUCCAAGUUACCCAUGAACAGGUUUAGAGUAGGUCUAGAUUAUGAUCACAGAAGUCAUCGGACAUUAAAACUCUUGCAACUGUGCAGGCCAUGUUAAGUUACUCUGUCAGAAAAGCAAAGGAUUGCUAAUUGUUUUUCAAUAGAUCAGAAGCCAACACCGCAUAUGUAUCACUUGUUAAAAUUGAUGUCUUUCUGAGCAUAUGAUGUGGCCAGAGAAAGCAAAACAAAACUAAACCCUAAAAAAUAAGUUGCAACUCCAUGUAAGUACACAGGACAAGUCAACACCAAAACUGUUCCAGUAAGCACAUAGUUGUGAAGGUGUAUGAGGGAUCCACCUUGCUGUAGCAACUUUGGCUAUGUGGUAUCUAGAACAUGCUUUGCUUUGCAUAAUUAGAUUUGGAGAGGUACUCCUCCCCCAUGAUCUUUUUAAAAACAGUACAUUGCUGAUGGUGCUUUGAAGAGCUUGUCUUCAUACCUUGCCAGACACAUCACUGCAACAUAUGCUGCAGUUUGAGAAGGUGUGAUGGGAAAGUGCAGUCAGUAUUUUAUAAAGGCUUCAGGGAUGCAAGUUUGGCCUGCUUUCAUUUUCUACCUUUACCUUCUGCCCUUAGUGACAGAGGGGAUGUGGUGGUUUUGCUGCAGCAGAGAUGGUGACAAGAAUAUGCACUCGGAAAGUGCUGGUGUCUGCUGAGUCAAACCCUAUUUGUUAUUGUAACUCUCAUGGUAUUUUCCAGCUUCUUGUAUAUACAGGGAAAAGAUUUUAUAUUACUUGUAAUGUAAAUAUUACUAAUUCAGAAGCAGAAUAUGUAAAUAAAAUGUAUAUAAAUUUGAAGGGAACAAUUUUCUUAAAGUUUAUUUAGAAUUAAAGCUAAAUUAUUUUGGGAUG